CCCACACAAAAAAAAACACAACACGAAACGCAACAUAAUUCUCUCUUGUUCUGCUCCUUCAUUCACUCUAUCUUCUCUGGUUAAAAACCAUGUCGUACGUACCUCCACACUUGAGGAACUUGAUCAGCUCAACCACCAGUACCACUACUACCACCUCCAAUACCUCACCAACACUCACUCUCCCUACUGAUUGCGCUAACCUUUUCUACACCUCCAAUUCCAAUUCCUACUCCAACUCCUCCAAUGGCUUCCGCCGCACCUCCUCCACUCUUUCUCCCUUGCCUGACCCUGUUUUCCCUCUCUGGAAGCCCUCCCAACGAGUCCUCACCAUGAACCCCGACCAGAUUGAAGAGGUUCGUUGUCGGCUCAACGUUGAUGUUACUUCUGCCCCCGACUCUGAGCCUGCGCCCGCACCAAUUGAGUCUUUUGAAGAUAUGUGUCUGCACCCUAGCAUAAUGAAGGAUAUAGCGUAUCAUGAAUAUACCAGGCCAACAGCUAUUCAGGCGCAAGCAAUGCCAGUUGCCCUCAGUGGUCGGGAUUUAUUGGGUUGUGCUGAAACUGGUAGUGGUAAAACAGCUGCAUUUGCCAUUCCAAUGAUACAGCAUUGCUUGGCUCAAUCUCCUGUUCGUCGUGGCGAUGGGCCCCUAGCGUUGGUAUUAGCUCCGACUAGAGAGCUUGCUCAACAAAUUGAGAAGGAGGUUAAGGCUUUUAGCAAAUCUCUCGAGUCAUUUAAAACUGCAAUUGUUGUUGGUGGAACUAAUAUAUCUGACCAGAGGUCUGAGCUCCGUGCUGGAGUUGAUAUAGUUGUUGCUACUCCUGGGAGAUUUAUAGAUCAUUUGCAGCAAGGAAAUAGUUCACUUUCAAGAGUUUCAUUUGUUGUUCUAGAUGAGGCUGACAGAAUGCUUGACAUGGGGUUUGAACCUCAGAUAAGAGAGGUGAUGCGGAGUCUUCCUGAAAAGCAUCAAACUUUGUUGUUUAGUGCUACCAUGCCUGUGGAGAUUGAAGCACUAACUCAGGAAUACUUAUCUAGCCCUGUGCAAGUGAAGGUAGGAAAAGUUAGUAGUCCAACAGCAAAUGUAUCUCAAAAUCUGGUGAAGGUUCCUGACAGUGAGAAGCUUGAUCAGCUUCUAGCUCUUCUUGUAGAGGAAGCAUCUCAUGCUGAAAGAUCUGGUCAUCCUUUUCCCUUAACUAUUGUCUUUGUGGAGAGGAAGACAAGAUGUGAUGAAGUUGCUGAAGCCUUGGUAGCACAAGGUUUACAUGCAGUUGCUCUUCACGGAGGCCGCUCACAGAAUGAGAGAGAGGCUGCUUUACGAAAUUUUAGGAAUGGCUCUACUAAUAUUUUGGUUGCUACAGAUGUUGCAUCUCGUGGUUUGGAUGUCUCAGGAGUUGCUCAUGUUAUCAAUUUAGAUCUUCCAAAGAGCAUGGAAGAUUAUGUACACCGAAUUGGAAGGACAGGUAGAGCAGGAUCAAUGGGUCAAGCUACUUCCUUUUACACUGAUCGUGAUUUGUUCCUUGUUGCACAAAUAAAGAAAGCAAUAGCAGAAGUUGAAUCUGGAAAUGUUGUUACAUUUGCGACGGGGAAGGUUGCUAGAAGGAAAGAGAAAGAAGCUGCAGUGGCUCAGAAAGAAGCUAGGAUUGCUCUUUCUAAGCUCUCAAUGGUGGGACCAAAUUCAUUAAACAUAGAGGACAAGUAUAGGUUCAUGAUUGCCUCAUCGAAUAUCAAAAGAGAGGGAUCAGCUGAUAGUGCUUGGGAUGAUUAGUGAAAUCUGUACUGUUGCCUAUUAAGUUCAAUUGAUGAGCCAGAGUUAGAACUCGAAGCUUCAAAGGUUGGUAAUCUUGUGCUUCGAUUGAAAUUUAUGUAUCUGCAUCUUUUAGCGACUUGCCACCAAUUAGUUUCUGAAGCUGUUCUUUACUUCGUUCUUUCCCUUUAUUAGUGCACUCUGCUCCUUUUCACGAUUAGUAAUACUGUUGAUGGAAAUAAAUGGUCCAGGCACACUGCUUCCUUGUUGUGCUUGAAAGCGCAAAAUGUACUGGAGAUGAUAGAGUUUUUCUGUAAGUUGCCUUUGUAUCUGUUCUGUCGCUUUUACAUAAUGAUGUAACUAGUCCACCGUAACAGGGAGUACCUGGUCGAUCUCUUAGAAGCUUGUAGGUUAUGCAUUGCAUAGUGUACAUCUCAAAGUGAAGUUUACUAUUUUACUGGAGAACAGAGUUUGGUAGUAUUGAAAUGAAAUUUCUGGCAGAUAUUCAAUUUUAUUAAAA